UCAGGACUGAAAACAAUCAUAAAUGCGUUGCUGCAUUCGUUCAAGCAAUUAGCGGAGGUAAUGACGUUAACGAUCUUCUGUCUGAUGGUCUUCGCGCUGUUCGCCCUGCAAGUGUACAAAGGGGAACUUCGCAACAAGUGCGUCCUUAAGAUGGACGACCACAACGCGUCCUACGAAGUCUGGUACAAUUGGACAGCGGAUCCGGGAAACUGGUGGUACAACAACAAAUCAUCAUCGACAGAACCGCUUCUGUGCGGAAACGUAACCGGAUCACGACAUUGUCCCUCGAAGUAUACCUGCUUAUGCGUCGGAGAUAAUCCCAACUUUGGAUACACUAGCUUCGAUAACUUCCUGUGGUCCAUGCUGACCACCUUCCAACUUAUUACACUCGACUAUUGGGAGAAUGUUUACAAUAUGAUUUUGUCUGCGUGUGGACCAAUAAGUGUGUCAUUUUUUACAGUAGUUGUAUUUUUCGGUUCCUUUUACCUCAUCAACUUGAUGCUAGCCGUCGUCGCUCUGAGCUACGAGGAAGAAGCUGAAAUCACUCAAGAG